AUGCCGUACAUUGAAGAGUUCCCUUCUCAAACAAUAAUUGAUUUUGGUUGCAGCCUGAUAACAAAGUUCUACCAGCACAUCCUCGCCUUGGUGUUUGCUAUCCAUGAGAUCAACAAGAACCCCAACAUCUUGCCCAAUGUCACUCUUGGGUUCCACAUCCAUGACUCCUACAUAUUUCUGAAAUGGACUUACAGGACAACCCUGGACCUCCUCUUCACAUCACGUGUACUUGUCCCAAACUACAAGUGUGACACCCAGAAAAAAAUGAUGGGUGUCAUUGGGGGAUAUAGUUCUGAAACCUCAACAGACAUGGCAACUCUCUUAAGUCGUUACAAGAUCCCACAGUUUUCAUUUGGCUCAUUUGAAUCAGCAGUGGAUAACCCAACCAGCCUCCCUUCCUUUUACCGCACAGUUCCCCAGGAAACCCUUCAGUAUGAGGGAAUUGUCCAACUACUUCUGCAUUUCGACUGGAAAUGGGUUGGGCUCAUCACUCUGGAUGAUGAGGGUGGAGACCGUUUCUUGCAGGCAUUUGAGCCGAUGCUUUCCAGCAAUGGAAUCUGUGUGGCCUUCAAAGAGAAAGCUGCAGGACAGGCCCAUUGGGAUGACAUACAUUUUAUGCUUAAAUACCUUGACAGUAAUAUUACUGAUUUCCUGGACAGCACUGCAAAUGCAAUUCUUGUACAUGGGGAAACGGCAACACUUCUCUGGCUGGCGACCAUUAUUUUUAUCCCCACACUUUUAAUGAAUGUAACAGGUUCUGAUUAUGUGGACAGAACUUCUACAGGAAAGCUCCACACACUUCUUCGGAGAAUCGCUUUCAACAACAGUGCUGGAGAUGAAGUGAGCUUUAAUGAACAUGGAGAAUUGAAAGGUGGAUUUGAUAUUACCAACUUGGUCACUUUUCCAAAUAAGUCCUAUGUCAGAGUCCAGAUCGGGAGGCUGGAUCCUCAGGUUCCACUUAGUAAACGAGUUAUUAUCAGUGAGGACAGAAUUAAGUGGAACAGAUACCUCGCACAGCUACCUCCUUUAUCAGCAUGUAAUGACAACUGCAAGCCUGGUUACAGCAAGAAAAAGAAGGAAGGGGAGCAAUUCUGCUGCUACGAUUGUGAUCCGUGUCCAGAGGGGAAAAUUGCAGACAAAGAGGGUAGGAUUCUUAUUGAUCCCAUAUACAUGGAUUAUUGCAUGACUUGCUCUGAAGGUCAUUAUCCAAACCUGGCACAAGAUCAAUGCAUUCCCAAGAUUCCAAAUUUCCUUUCCUUUGCAGAACCCUUGAGCAUGAUUUUAGCCUUUUUGGCUCUCUCCUUUGUUCUGAUCACAGCCCUGGUGCUCGCAAUCUUUGUCAAGUACAAGGACACCCCCAUUGUUAAAGCCAACAACCGGAGCCUCACCUACUGUCUACUCAUCUCUCUCCUCCUAUGCUUCCUCUGCUCCUUGCUCUUCCUCGGACAGCCUAACAAGGUGACCUGCCUCCUCCGACAAACAACGUUUGGCAUCAUCUUCUCAGUUGCAGUUUCAUCUGUAUUGGCAAAAACUGUUACGGUCGUUGUAGUGUUUAUGGCCUCUAAGCCAGGAAACAUUUUUCGAAAGUGGGUGGGGAAACAAUUAGCAUAUUGCAUUGUUAUCUCUUGCUUCUUUGUUCAAGUUGGCAUUUGUGCUGUUUGGCUGAGCUCUUCUCCACCCUUCCCAGAUGUGGACAUGCAUUCACUCAGUAGAGAAAUCAUCGUGAAAUGCAAUGAAGGGUCAGCCGCCAUGUUUUACUGUGUCUUGGGCUACAUGGGCUUCCUGGCCUCAGUCUGCUUCAUUGUGGCUUUCCUCGCCAGAAAGUUGCCUGACAGUUUCAACGAAGCCAAGUUCAUCACCUUCAGCAUGUUGGUCUUCUGCAGUGUUUGGCUAUCCUUUGUCCCCACCUACCUGAGCACUCAAGGAAGAGACACGGUGGCAGUGGAGAUCUUCUCCAUCUUCGCUUCCAGUGCUGGCUUACUAGGCUGCAUCUUUUUCCCCAAAUGCUAUGUGAUUAUCCUGAGGCCUGAGCUGAACAGAAGAGAGCAGCUGAUCAGGAAAAUGCAUUGA